AUGGCAGACAGAGAUCGCAUGCUAAGAAAAGCAUGUAAGACUAAAGACGAAGGACACUGGAGUUCAUACAAAAAACUAAGAAAUUCUUGUAAUAACAAGUUAAGGUAUGCCAACAGUGCUUUUCAGAAAGAUCUAAUUCAACAAAAUGCGACCAACCCAAAGAAAUUCUGGAACAUAAUUAAGAGCAUAUUUCCAACCAAGACAAAAAUGAUAUCAACAAGUACCAAUGCGAACAACGAUCAAAAUAAAGCAAACAUUUUCAGUAAAUACUUUACUAACACUGUGAGAUGUAUCAAAGAAAAUGCAAUUUUACUUACUGAUUUCGUAUGGAGAUAUCCGGCGACAGUGAUAUUACGGACAAGUCAUGAUUUCAAGGUGCAGUGUAUCUCCAACGUAUUCAUUUUAAAUGAAUUAAAGCAACUCAGGAGAACCAAAGCCAAUGGAGCAGACAAUUUACGACCGGGCAUGCUGAAAGAUUGCCGAGAACAUAUUUCACAACCUUUAUGCCAUAUCCUCAACUUAUCAGUCAAGACGGCCCGUUUUCCAGCAUUAUGGAAAGUAGCCAAGGUAGUGCCAAUACAUAAAUCUGGCUCAUACGAUCAACCAGAAAAUUAUUGGCCAAUAUCAGUACUGCCGGUUUUGCCUAAGAUAUUAGAGAAAGCAAUGCAUCAACAACUGAUAAAUUUUCUUGAAAAAGAAGAUCUUCUGUCAGAGUCAGUUUGGAUAUCGGUCAAGACGAUCUACAAGUCUAGCAGCUACCUUGUUCAUUGAUGACAUACGUAAGGAUGUGGACAAAGGCAAUCUUGUUGGAGCCGUGUUCAUAGACCUUAGCAAGGCCUUCGACACCUUAAGUCAUGGUGUUCUUCUUGAAAAGUUACAGACAUAUGGAAUAAAGGGAAAUGAGUUGCUCUGGUUCACUGAUUACCUAUUCUGUCGUCAACAAUUUGUCCGUAUCGGCGCAAAUUGUCACCUUACGAACCAGCUUUUAGCGGAGUACCACAAGGAUAUAUUUUAGGGCCCCUUCUUUUCACUGUGUUGUAUAAUGAUCUGGCUGACCACCUAGUUAACUCCCGAGUUAUAAAAUAUGUGGAUGAUACUGUUGUAUAUUUCUCAGGAAAGGAUGUGGAGGCAAUAGAGGGGGCACUUGCUCAGGAUUUGGAAGAAAUUGCACGGGUUUUUUAUCAAAACGAGUUGGUGAUAAAUCUUAAAGGAAAAACCGAGAUCAUGCUAUUUGGCACAGGGAAGAGACUUUCAUUAUACAACCAUGCAAUUUGGAAGUAAAAUAUAGAGGACAUUCUAUUAAUUUCACUACGUCAUACAAGUAUCUUGGAUAUACUCUUCAUUCCUGUUUAGCCCUUAGUGAAAAUUUUAAUAUCACAUAUAAGAAAGCCAGUAACCGUGUGAGGUUACUAUCCAAACUGCGUGUAUAUGUAACACCCGAAGCCGCAUUUAAAAUCUAUGAAAUGAUGAUUCUUCCAAUAAUAACAUACAGUAUGUCAAUUAAACCUAUGUUGACAAGAACUCAACUUGCUAAACUUAACUCUAUAGAAAAUAGAGUUAAUGAAAUCAUUGGAUGGGAAAAAUAUAUUCCUCG